AUGGGAGCUAAUAUUCAGGCCAUGGCGGAGGCAUGUCGGAGAUUCGUAUCGCAAGCUUCUAGAAUCAUUGUGCCGCUGCAGUCCAACGGCUUGGCAAGGGCAUGGAAUGAGUGGAAAAGGAAAUCUGAUGAGACACUGGCCUCAACUAGUUACCAAAAUUCAGUGAAAAAGCCGUUAUCCCAAUUUUCCAAGGUUGAUCGGGUUGUCAGCAGGGAGCCACGCGUUCCGGAUAACGGCAACAGGGAAACUCGAGUCGUCGUCAAUAUUCUAAUCCCACCUGCAGCGGCGGUCCAUCGUAGCAUUCCUUAUUCCAGGGGGCCGAAACUGAUGCGGACACAGCAAUUCCCGGUGAGUCGGGGGGUCAACCGUAUAUCUUCGGGAAAUGCUGUGCAUGAAAGAGGGAUCUUCCUGCGGUUAGGGGCUUAA